UGUUACCCGAGCGAGGGAGGCCGAGGGGCGGCGCCGAGUCGAGGCGAGAAUCGCUGCAGCCGGGCCCAGCCACUGCCGUCCCCAACACGGGGAAAUGGAGGCUGCGGGCGGCGGCGGCAGCAGCAGCAGCCGCUGCCUGACCCCGACGGCCAGAGACCUGUACCGGAUGCUGGCCAGCUGUAAUAAGCACUGCUCGUACCUCAGGCAGAACCUGCGAGAGACUAAGAAAUACUUUAAAGAGCUACGGCAGCCGCAGUGCAGCAGCCCCGGGCCCCAGGUCGAGGAGCCGGCAGAACCGAGCAGCGCGCACGCCGAAGCCCUCAAUGGCAUCGGCUCUCUGGAAGGUGCUUUAUGCUGCAUAUCAUUCCCACGCCAUGAAGAGGACUACCUCCAAGCAACAGUGGGCUGCUUUCCCUGCAUCGUGAUCCUGGGUCAGAAUUGCUGGGCCAAGUUUCAUAUACUGAACAGUCUCAUGGGUGAAAGGCUCUUGCCAGUUAUAAAGGGCAGUAAUGAAAAUAAGUGUAAAAGGCGUCGGCUGAAAUUCACCCAUGGUAAGAGGACAAGUGUUAGCUUGGCUUUGCCCGGACAUUAUGUAUUGGUCCACCAUCAUGUUGCACAGCAGGGCAAGUGGGACACCAUUCCUGAGGAGGACCUGGAAAUCCAAGAGAGUGAAGAUCCUGCAAAUCGUGCAGCUCAUUUGGAAAUAACAUUACACCAUCCGUUAUUGCAGGAAAUGGAUGUCCUAGUUGUACCUUGUCACGAAGCCCAGGCAGAACGGGGCAUAUUAGAUGAAUACCUGAGACACUCCAUGCCAAUUCUUGUCUAUGCUAUCAGUGAGGACCGUUUGACAGACAGUGAAGAGGGAGAGCUGGAGUACUUGAAGAAGAAACAUGCCCUACCUAUUUUCUUCAUCAAAGUGCCAAAACAGUUGACAGGCCACCACCCAGAAUCUCACUCAGGACCAGACAAGGAUUACCUAUUGAAAAGUUCAAAGACUGAAAAAGAAAAGAGCUUGCUUUAUCGUCAGCUGACAAAGUUGGAGUACUUAAGUCCCACAGGAUGUGGAAUAUUUCUCACCAACAAAGUCCCAAGUGUGUUGGUAGAACACUUUGAGAAGUUAAGGCAACUUGGAGCCUUUGCAAAGCAGGUGGUGCAGAUGUAUCUGGUUGAUGCAGCAACUGUGCUGAAUGGUGUCCACUGCCGCUGCCUUGAUAUCUUCAUCAACCAGGCCUUCGAUAUGCAGAGGGACUUGCAGAUUACUCCCAAGCGACUGGAAUACACGAGGGACAAGGAAAAUGAGUUGUACCAGUCUCUGAUGAGCAUUGCAAAUAGGAAGCAGGAGGAAAUGAGAGAUAUGAUUGUUGAGACGCUGAGCAGCAUGAAGGAGGAACUUUUGGAAGAAGCGGCAAACUUGCAAUUCAAAGACAUAAUUAUCUCUGAGAAUGGUGAGACUGUUGGCAAUAAGGAUAUUAAGUGCUGCAUCAAACAGAUUCAGGAGUUGAUUAUUACUCGGUUAAAUCAGGCGGUUGCUAAUAAGCUAAUCAGCUCUGUUGACUACCUUCGAGAGAGUUUUGUUGGGACCCUUGAGCGCUGCCUGAAGAGCCUGGAAAAAUCCAACCAGGAUUCUGCAGUGAACAACGUUGCCAGCAAUCAUCUGAAGCAGAUUUUAAAUGCAGCAUAUCAUGUUGAGGUGACUUUCCAUUCAGGCUCAACGGUCUCGCGGCUGCUUUGGGAGCAGAUCAAGCAGAUAAUUCACAGGAUGCCUUGGGUACAUCCUCCAGCUGUAACCAUUGAGUGGAAAAGGAAAAUUGCCCAGGAUGCUAUUGAGAGCCUUUGUGCAUCAAAACUUGCAAAAAGCAUUUGUAGUCAGUUCCGCACCCGUCUCAAUAGCUCACAUGAAGCAUUUGCUGCCUCUCUACGACAGCUUGAAACGGGCCUUUCAGGAAAACUUGAAAGAACAGAGGAUCUCUGGCUAAAGGUACGGAAAGACCAUGCCCCACGCCUAGCUCGUCUUUCAUUGGAAAGUCGUUCACUCCGCGAUAUGCUGCUGCAUGGUAAACCUAAGCUGGGACAUGAGCUGGGCCGUGGCCAGUAUGGAGUAGUAUACCUCUGUGAUACUUGGGCUGGUCACUCUCCCUGUGCUCUAAAGUCUGUUGUACCUCCAGAUGACAAGCACUGGAAUGACCUUGCACUAGAAUUUCACUACACAAGAUCCUUACCUAGACACGAGCGACUGGUUGAUCUUCAUGGGUCAGUUAUAGAUUACAGUUAUGGAGGUGGUUCCAGCAUUGCUGUCCUGUUAAUCAUGGAGAGACUACACAGAGAUCUCUAUGCUGGGCUGAAGGCUGGUCUCAAGCUGGAAGUACGUUUACAGAUUUCCCUUGAUGUUGUGGAAGGUAUCAGGUUUCUCCACCGACAAGGCCUUGUGCAUCGAGAUAUCAAAUUGAAAAAUGUCUUGUUGGAUAAGCAGAAUCGAGCCAAAAUCACAGACCUGGGAUUUUGCAAGCCUGAGGCAAUGAUGUCUGGAAGCAUUGUGGGAACCCCUAUACACAUGGCACCUGAGCUCUUUUCGGGAAAGUAUGAUAAUUCUGUAGAUGUGUAUGCAUUUGGCAUCCUUUUCUGGUAUCUUUGCACGGGGACAAUUAAACUCCCAGAAGCAUUUGAGAAAUGUUCAAGUAAGGAUCAGCUGUGGACCAAUGUGAAGAAAGGUGCAAGACCAGAACGGCUUCCUGCAUUUGAUGAGGAGUGCUGGCAACUGAUGGAAGCUUGUUGGAGUGGUGACCCUUCACAGAGGCCUCUAUUAGGAAUUGUUCAACCCAUCCUGCAAAGCAUCAUGGACAGGCUCUGCAGAAACGUUUCUGGGCAGCAGUGAAAAAAUGGCUCCACGUGACUGUUGAAGGCAGCGUGGAUUUGCAGUAAAUGCCCAUAAUGUUGGGUGUGGGGGACUGGGAUGGGUUAAGAUAACCCAGUUCAUUGUGGCAGGGGUUUUUUUUUUGCAACAAACCAGUAUCAGUAUUAACACUAGUUCAGCAUCACUUUUUACCACCUGCUAUGCAGCACAAAAGUAAAACUUGGAUGUUUUUAUUCUUUUGACUUUCUGAUACAGUAAUACAGCUACUUGAGACUUUUUGCUUUUUUUUUCACCCCAACAGUAUUUUUGAGCAAAUCAUUGUUUGGGGUUAUGAGUUAUCUCUGCCACAAAUAGAAGGUGCAUCAUAUUUGUCUCUUUUUCUCUCUUGCUCUAAUCCAUGCAAACUACUGCUUCAUGAGCAUGCAUCAGAGUCGCUAGUAACAGUUCAGCUCCUUGAUAUUGAGGGAGGAGAGGAAAAAUAACUUUAAACAUUGACCUUUUGGUCCUUUCCCUUGUUUUGUUUUAAUUCCAAAUAAUUUUUGUUGGCACUUGUUCUCUCUCCACAAAUAGUGUCACCUUGCACUAAUUUUACACUUUAGUUAUUUGUUUGAUGACGCAGAUUGGAAAAUUAAUGCAGAGCUGCACUAUUUGAUAUGUAUGUGAAAUGGUGAUACCAUUGAGCUUUAGAAUGCAAGUGCCUGGAAGGUGUCCCAUAUUUAAAAAAGGCCACCAUCUGCUUUUCUACUUUAAAGCUUUAAAAUCUUUGUGUAUUAAGAUCCUUUUCAAAACAUUAACAAACACUAUCAUGCUGCACACUGUCAUUGUUCAGUUCGAUGAAUCCUAAAAAGUAUUCUGAUAGAAAGAAAAAUGCUUGGAAUUCAAGUUUGAAACCGGAUUUAAUUAUGCCUGUAGUCUGUCUUUUGAGUGUGCUGUUGGUGUCUAAAUUCUAAAUGUUAGCCGUGUUAUGGAUUGUUUGGCUGUUGAUCUAAAAUCAACAGUCCUGAGAUGGAGGACAGAAACAAGGUUGCUAUUGUCCUUAACUGUGAUCCCUCAAAAGGCUUCCUGAUCUGAAUGACCUUGGAACUGUCUAGUAUUAAACACUACAUUUUCUGCAAUUGCACAUAGCUCUAUUUUAGCAUUGUAGGACCAAGUUGAAGAUCACCAAGUUGUUACUUAUUUCUGUAACUUUUCUGUCUAAAUGUCAGUCUGUAGCAAACUGGGAAUCAACAUCAUUCCCAGUGUAUUUGAUUGGGCUUUUCAAAAUGUUUAGGUGAACCAACACCGGUGUUUUACACUCCACUGUAUAUUGACAAAGUGCAUAUGACGCAUGAUCUACCCUUUUUGUGCGACUGCGUCAAGUUUAUUUUCACUUCCAGGAAAUAAGUUGUCUAGUAUGGCCUUUUUAUAAAUGUAUAUCUUUUAAACUGUUGUGUAAUUUCAUCAUUAACUGAAAAGAUAAUUGUUAUCAUUUUGAGUUUGUCUUUUGUCUUUCACUUGGUCAUAUAUAACCAAGUAUACUGUACGUCUUAAAUUUAGUUCAGUGUUUUGCAUAGCACAAGAGUGUCAUUUUCAACUUUCACACAGACAAGAUAUGUAUAUAGUAUGAAUACAUGUUGGUUACAUUUUCUCAUGGGGGGAUGCAGAUAUUGUGGGACAGAUACGUAAGUAGGUUAGCCUUGUUGGAGCGAUGGAAACUGUGGGAAUAUAGACUCUGAUUUAUUGUGCAAAUCUGCGAUGACUGCCCACUCCAACCUACUUCAGUGCUUUGUCUUUUGCAUUUCGGAACGGAGGAGAGUAUUGAACACUCCACCUAUCUUGAAUCUGUUUGACAGAGAUAACACUAUAAGUUACAUAUGAAGAGCUGGAGUUCAUUUGCAGUUUACAAUUUUAACCAGUAUGGAUUGAUCAGACUAUGUAAAAUGCAAGUCUUUAAUUUCAGGGUUGGUUUUGCUAUCGACUCCAACUCUGUACUUUGAACAGUUGGGUGACGGAUCGGCUGAUGGGGUUGGUAGACAAAUGAACAACAUUUAGGGAGGGAAUGUCAACGCUGGACUAAUUUAACUAAUAUAAGGGAGAAUUGUGACACUUGGGAUGAAUAGGUAUGCUGAUGCUUGUAUUAAUGUUGUACCUUCCCAAAGAGACAUUUUAAAUGGCCACUUGCAUUGGGAACUUGAGUGGGUUCCAAGGAGUACACCAACUUGGAUACAUGUGGAAAAAUAUCUUUUAUUAACUACUUAGUUUUGUACAGCAAGAUUCCUUGUAGGGGGGGUGGUGGGGGGAAGGGAGGAAAUUCUCUUGCUUCCGAUCUGAAAGUACCUUUCAAAUUAUAUUAGGAUACGAUUAAGUAUUAAUUGACUAAUGUUAAUUAGUACUAAUUCAUUUUAGUAUUGUUAAAUUAGUAUUAAUAAACACAUUAGUCACUAACCUGUACCUGUUCAUUUACAUUUCAAACCUAUGAGAUGGAUGAACCUUGAUUAGUCUGUAAAUGGACACCACCAGACCAUAUAAACACUACACUGCAAAGGGUGGUAAAAGGUGCUUCAAUGUUGAAAUUCAAUACCAAGAAUCCAAUGUAAUGUCAGUAAAGCAAGCUUGGUAAUUGGGUGAAAGAUGGCUGGAGAUCAGCCUACUUUAACAUUAAGUUUCAAGGAAAAGCUUCAUGAAAGUCAGUAACUCCAAGAUAGAAAAAUAAUUCAAUCUUUUAAUUGUCUGUGGAAAAUAUUUAAACCCCCUGGAUAAUUCGUGGAAGGGCUCCGCAGUGAUUAUUGAGUGAUGAAUUGUUUACACACUUAAUGUUCAGACACUACCUUAACAUUUCAAAACCAUCUUCUACAUUUUACGGACUUCACUACUGUUUAGAGAUCAACUUAACAUUCCUAACAUCUACCUUGAGAUUGUAUUGGGAGGGAAAGUUUUUCUUUUUUGCCGAAUCAAUUUUCCGUAAAAAAAGAACACUUAAAUUUCUAGUUCGGAAAUUGAGAAUAUUAAAAAUCAAACCACCUACAUUGAAUGAAGAUGAAGCUUGUGCAAGCUUACACAGAACUUUUAACAAAGAUGUUCUUUAAUUUUAAGACCCACAUUUGAAUCUGCAUUAGGCCUGUGAAAAACAUCAUUUACUUCCGCCUGUCCUAAAGCAUGUUCCUUGAGUUGAGGCCUGUUUUAGCUACAUUCUUACUACAUGUAAAGCUAUAACACAAAAUUAUCUUUGGAAGUCAUGAGCAGAUUGGGAAAACAAUGAUUUAAAGUGAGAUAGGAAUGUGACUACAUUAAUGUCCCUGCUUAGAAUACCCCACUUUGUAUGUUGCAUCUGAGGUCAAAGGAAAAAUUGUUGUCCGUCAUUGAACAUUAGAGGAAAGGUUCCCCAAAGUAGAAAGUUAUAUUGGAAGCAGCACUUCAAAAAAGACGCAACAGCAUUACUUAUUAAGCUUCAGAAAUGGAUUGUCAAAGACAAAGAAAUAAUUGACAUUGAUGAUGAAGUGAGAGGGAAAAAGAGUUGCUUUUUCAAACAGCAUCACAUUUCUAUCCAGGGAGUCAUGAACCUUCACCCAGAUACCCAGUCUGGCAUCUUUUGAUGGGAGGUUUCAGUGGUUCAAAUCUGAAAUCACAAUUACUUAUUAAGGAAUUGUCUCUACUUCAGUACCUUAGCUGGGUAUUAUAUGGAUUUCUUAACCUGUAAGCACUUUUGGAAUGAAGAUGUCAUAGUGCACUUGAACUACUUUUAAGAUGCAAAGCAGAUUGGUGCAGAUCUUUAAUUUUGUCCGCUAUUGUUAAAUUUAGUAAGCAAGUGAAGGAAAAAACCAAGAGAGUGUCAUUACUUAGUUUCAAAUAAUAUGUUGAAUAGUCAGUUGAAUAAUAUUGAAGGCAGAGGUGGCUGUUUUUUCCAAAAGUAGUGAGUGAACUAAGUUAUCUUAAAAAUAUGGAAAAGGAUGUGGAGGUUCUUGUUUCUCUUGUGUGCUGUGGAAUGCACAGCGAUCAAGGAUCACUAAAAUCAAGAACACACCAAUUAGAGAAACUAGAAGUAAGCCAAAAUACUCUGAACUUUGGAAUUAUUCCAAACUGAACUUAAACUUAAUGUCAUUUUCUUAUUCCCACAAGUUGACCUGUUCCAAGUGGCUAAAUGUCUGAUCAUGUCCAAGUAUUUAAAGUUGCUCUUGGCAAAAAUAAAGCUUAAAAGUGUUGAUGGAAUUAUUAGUCUGA